CUGAACAGCUCUGGGAUCUGUGGAUCCACCCAGCUCAAAAGCCAGUGUAGGUUUAGCAACCAAGCAGUAAGGCACCAAGAGCUGCUCAUCAGCUGCUGCUGCUCUUGCCCUGCUCUCAUGUCCUUUUUUUUAUCUGCCUUCCUCUUACUAUGAUAGCCUUUCUGUUUCUCUUAGUAAUUGGAGUACCAAAUGUUCAUGCUGUUCCAUGUAGCCUGGUUGCUGUGAUUGAGAGUUAUUUUUAAGGCAUUUAAAAAGCCAGCAUCCCAUCUGUAGCAUUUUUUCCCAUCUUACUCAUAACCAGCCUGUCUUCUUCUAGAGGGCUUUUUGCUGACCAUUCCACCUGGAAAUUCAUCUCAACAGCUGUUUUGCAAAAGCUGCUAAGUUUCUCCAGACUUCAUAACAAUAUUAUUUCAAGAAACUAUUUUCAAUUUUUUGUUUCCUUUUCUACAAAACUGGACUUCUGUAGCACACAAAAAUGGAUUACGCAACUCAGAUCACAGAAUAUAUGUGAACUGAGUGUGACCUUGUAUUUAGGGGCUUCUGUAUACACAUCUUUUUAAAUUGACAUUUGUAGCAAGUCAUUUUUCAGUCGGCAUUGACCUGGAAACUAGAAAGACUAAUUUGCUUGUGCAUAAGCCUAGUUAAUGAUUACAGAGCCUCUAGUAAGAAGACAAUCUUUGAACUUUUUGCUUUUAUAUUGCAAAUUUGGAUUUUUUUAAGGAAAAUAUUUCAUGAGCGGUGUGCAGUUGCUUUUAUUUGUCUAAAGGUACAAUGGCUCUGAGUGGUAACUGCAGAACUUACGCCCCACCCAGGGAUCAAGGGACCAUUUUGCAAUCCUUUCCCGAGGUGGUUGAAUUGAAUGUUGGCGGGCAAGUUUACUUCACGCGCCAUGCAACUUUGACCAGUAUACCACAUUCCCUGCUAUGGAAAAUGUUUACUGCAAAAAGGGACUCUGUGAAUGACCUGGCUAAAGAUGCCAAGGGAAGAUUCUUUAUCGAUAGAGAUGGUUUUCUUUUCCGUUAUGUUCUCGAUUAUCUCAGGGACAGGCAAGUGGUCUUACCAGAUCACUUUCCAGAAAAAGGAAGGUUGAAACGUGAAGCUGAAUACUUUAUGCUCCCAGACUUGGUGAAACUCCUAGCACCUGAUGAAGUUAAGCAGAGCCCAGAUGAUUACUGCCACAGUGACUUUGAGGAUGUCUCCCAAGGCAGUGAAACCAGAAUAUGCCCUUCUUCAUCUUUGAUGCCUUUAGAUAGAAAAUGGGGUUUCAUCACUAUUGGCUAUCGAGGAUCUUGCACAAUGGGUAGAGAAAGUCAAGCGGAUGCCAAGUUCCGAAGAGUUCCAAGAAUUCUAGUUUGUGGGAGAAUAUCCCUAGCCAAAGAGGUCUUUGGGGAAACACUAAAUGAAAGCAGGGACCCAGACAGAGCUCCAGAAAAGUACACUUCUCGUUUUUAUCUUAAGUUCAAACAUCUAGAAAGAGCAUUUGACAUGCUAUCAGAGUGUGGAUUCCACAUGGUAGCCUGCAAUUCUUCAGUGACCGCCUCAUUUGUUAAUCAAUACACUGAUGACAAGAUAUGGUCCAGCUACACUGAAUAUGUUUUCUACAAUAAGAUGAGCUCUACUUCCACGGCAGGAAAAGGGACCUUUACAACAACAGCCAUGGGGAAAAAUGGGGGACCAUCGAGAUGGCCAUCUACACAUUGUGACUGCUGCUGUAAAAAUACAAAAGGGGAUAAAGAAGGGGAAAGUGGUACUUCUUGCAAUGAACUCUCCACUUCUAGCUGCGACAGCCAAUCUGAAGCCAGUUCUCCACAAGAAACGGUCAUCUGUGGUCCAGUAACACGCCAACCCAAUAUACAGACUCUGGACCGACCAGCCAAGAAGGGACCAGUGCAGAUUGUCCAACAGUCUGAAAUUCGACGGAAAAGUGACCUUUUAAGAACUCUGACCUCUGGUUCACGGGAGUCCAACACAAGCAAAAAAAAAGUGGUGAAAGAGAAGCUUUCUAUUGAAGAAGAGCUUGAAAAAUGUAUCCAAGAUUUCAUGAAGAUAAAAAUACCAGACAGGUUCCCAGAGAGAAAAUAUUCAUGGCAAUCAGACCUGUUGAGAAAAUAUCAUCUAUAAAAAUAAAACAAAACACAUUAUUAUAUGAAUAACAGUUGUAUGGUACAUGAAACUUAUUGUUCAUUUGGUAGAUGACCAUGCCCACUAAUGUACUGCCUAACAUACCAUAUCCAUCUUAACUUCAUUGCUGCUGGGCAUAGAACAGUUUUAUGCAUCAGACCAGCUGCAAAGAAGUUAGCCUCUUUAGGUACAGGGUAUUCCAUUUUUCUCUUUGUGCAAGCACAAUGUAUUAUGUUCCUUUGUAAUUUAACUAAGUUGGUUUCUACAGAUACCAAUAGCACAAACAUAAUAGAGACAUGGUUAAAAAGUAGCUACUGUUACGUUUUGGGGUUUUUUGCUUUUUUUUCCCAUUUAUCCAGGUGUCAAUGUGUUCAGAAAGCAUUUGAAAGGUUGUGUGAUUUCAAAAAUGCAUGUUUCCUUACUGGAGGAUGGUAAGCACAUGAGACAAAAUAGCAUAAUUAUGCUAUGAUGGUUUACAUGAAUAUAUUAUGACAUAAAUGAUUGGUCUUAUAGUAUGCUUAUAACUCUGCACUUUCUUUCAAGGACAGCUGCUUUGUGGGUCAUAUUAUCUGUGGCUGCUUGAUUAUCUAUUUUUUUAGAAUUAUGAGAUGUGUGAAUGGUGUUCCAACUUAAAAGCCUCUCUGCCCCCUUAUUUUGGUCUCUAGCAAAGUCAUCUCUAUGGACUCCAAGUAGGGAAACAUUUUCAUUCUUAUGGACACUCAGCCUUGGAAAGCAUAUAGACUGUGACCAAAGUUUGUGAUUUACAGGGCUUUUGUGGAGACAAAUGAUGUGUAAAAUGUCAUAGAUGUACAAGUGCAUAAUAAAGUCUUACGUGCUCAUUCACACAGUAAA